AAAAGAAUAUAAUUUUUUAAUACACUCGUGAAUUUCUCGUACUACUCGAGUAUCUAUUCCCUUCGUUUUACUGUUGGAGUAUUCGAACCUCUAAUCUUUCAGUUUGUUGAUAUUAGUCAGUUGAGCUAUACUCUAGUUGAUUUUAGUGAACUUGAUGUUGUUUUUAAGCGAUAUUGACAAUAAAUGAGCUCGGUGGUUAGUAAUCGUUAUAUACGAAAUGGGUUUUCGAGAUCGAGAGAGAAAAGUAAAUAGAAUUUUGAUAGAGGUCCGAAAAAGUACGAAAAGACUAUCCUUUCUCAAACUUAAUCUCUUCUUUUUGCAGAUGUAUAGAACUGUGAAAACCACUGACAGAGCGGCUUCUUCUGGGAAUUCCGAUGUUUACGAUCAAAAUGGGUCAUCUGGAGAUACGACAAAUGAAGACAUAACGUAUGAAAAUGAGAAGUCGUCGAGAAUUAGGUCGAGUGCUCCAACUACUGAUGAUGAGCAUGGAUAUCGACAAACCGUUGGAGACAAACAAGAUCAUCAUCAUCAUCAUCCUCAUAAGGACUUCUAUUCUCUAUGGAGCAAUUCUUCGAGGUAAAUCACAAUUCCUUCUCCACCUUCUCGAGAAAUUAUUUGAAGGGUUAGAAGAAUUUGAUUGACGAUUUUACUGUUGGAAGUACGAGAAAAGUUAAGAAUAGGGUUUUUUUUUCAAUACAUUCGUUUCGUAGUCGUAAAGUUAUAGAAAAGAAAAACCCUUUUGAUAUAAAAAAAACAACGAGAAUUUUAGUGCAAAAAAGACUCUUUCAACCCUUUAUUAAUUCUC